AUGAGUACACGUUCACUAACGGUAACUAUUACAAAACUGCCUUUAUUCUUCUUAAUUUAUGUAAAUAUUAUUCAUCUUGUUAAAAUUGAUGAACAUACCUAACGCAAACUAAAAAAAAUAUUUAACUUUGAAGAAUCCUUUUUAAACAAAGACUGCAAGGCGAAAGUCGAUUUUUUAUUCUUUAUUUCCAAAUUAUUACAAUAUGGUUACAUAAUACGUUCCCACCAAACCACUUACGUGCUUUGUAGGCGACGCGGCUUUUAAACAUUUAUACAUAAUAGCAUGCCCUGUAACUUUUUACAGUGAAAUAAAGAAAAGAAAUGGUAUAAAAAAAAAACAAAAAAAAACGAUUAAAGAGCAAAUAGAAUCCGUAGAGACUCCUCUUAGAAACGUCCCCUAAAAAGCAUGAAAUUAGUGGCUGUUCCAUUAAUGUUUAUGUUACUUAACGAAGAAACAGUUAAUGGCAAGUAUCAUGUCGGAAAACUGUUAACUGUAUUCUGAUACCAUUUCAGAUUUCGUUAAUUUAGAUUCCUUUUUGAUUGCCUUUAAUGUGGAUCAAUUCAUAAAAUCAUACAGUUCAUUAAACUUUAUUGAAGAUGAAUUUGGAAACAGACACUAAAGUGUAUUACUAGAGUUACACAUAAGUCGCAGCGUCUUGUGGUGCUUCCUGCCGCUGCCGCCGCCGCCGCCUCCGCCGCUACUUCAAAUCCCAUUACUGACAUGUGUAUUGUACAAGUACAAGUUCAAUUCAUUACGUGACUUUGAAAAUAUCAAUGGCCAAGUCUCUCUUCAUUUAAUUACACUUCGGUAAAUAAUUGUUUCCUGUAUUUGUAACCAAUAUUUACUAAUUGUAUAUUAUUUUUCAAAGGCAUUAUCAAACUUAUAGCGAUUUCUGUUCACUUACUGGAAAAAUAAACGUAAAUUGUACACACGAUGAAUUAGCUAUAACAAUAAAUUAAAAGGAUAGAAACCCUGUUGCUAUAAUCUGUAUCAACUGAAACCAGUAGAAAUAGUUCUCAAAUAUACGAUAUGUAUCCUUGUUACAAGCAUGUGGACAUUUGUGGUCAAUUGGACUAUUGACGUGCGUAGAUUACGCGCACAUCUGUAUAACAAUCUAAGUCAGAUCGCUCAAUUGGAAAACUGCACUGAAUUAGAUAAGCCACUCGAUUCACAAGAGGUCCACUUGGCCGUUAAAAGCCUAAAUUGUAGUCGCUCAUACGCUAGCACUAGCUACAAUAAAUGCAACAUGUCGGUCUGUGUUAUCAUCUACACCACCUCAUCAUUUCUUUUUCAAAUUUACAUAAAAACUCCACAGCGCUUUGAACAACGUUAUGUAUGUAUAUUACAUAACAAUCCGUGUAAAUCCUUACUAGCAUUAAAAACUACAUGCGUCUCCGUCCAUGCAGACAAAGUCGCGGGCGAAAGGUAGUACAAAUUUUUAAGCAUGGUCAGUUAAUAUUAGUAACAUGAUACAUGCUCGCAAGAGCAAAACUACAUCGGCCUAUAAAUUACAUAGUUACAAAUAUUGACAAAGAUAAUUUUCAAUGCUUGAUUUAAUUCAAUUUGCAUAUGUAUUGAGGUGUAUACCGUUCGGGCAAUUGGGUUUAAUACAAAUAGUAGUCGGCGGAUGUGACACUGGUGCGCAGGAAGCAAUGUAGGCCUGUAAGUAUUCGCACUUGCGGCCGCUACGAGCUCCUCGGUUGACCUUAAUAGAUGCAAUUCACAUGUAUUUGCAUCGUCAGAAAUGAUUCUAGUGCACCACAUAUGCACGAGCAGCUCACGGGGACGGCCCGGGGACGGCACGGGGACUAGACGGGCUGCUGUGGAUUUAUUUCUACCAUUUAACAAUCAGUUGAUUCUUGAUGUAACUAAUGUUUAAUUAUAUCAUGUAUCUAGAAAAACGAUGUCAAAAGCCGCCCUGAGAAAUGAAUCUGUAUAGUAUUACAAGUGUGAGAUUAAUUAAAUAUAAAUUUAUUAUAAAUGACUAUAAAAGGACUGCUUUUAUUAUUUUCAUGACCUCUCACAAGGAGACUGGACAGGGACAAGGCGUAGAGAGAAAAUGUCAAUAAUAAUGGAGAUGGAAAUCUAAAAGCCAAGACAGAAUAGCUUCAAUGAUCCGAAAAUAGUAUUACAAUUAAUUGCGUACUUAUUUUUAUAUGAUUAUUAAUGGUGGCGCGUGAUGGCUAAUUACUUUUUUGCUGUCAUGUGUAGUUAUAUUAACGUAAUCAAUAAGUUGUCGCUACAACUUACGCUAAUAGCCGACGAGACGUGAAGCAUUGCAAAUAUAAUCGGACCUCGAACGCAAAUUGGCAGACAAUAUUUUACAACGCGAAAUCUCCGGUGAAACGGAGGGCGACGUUCGAAUGAAAUAGAUAGACAUCAGACAGGAAUCGCGAGGGAGCGAAAAUCAAUAAAUCUGGGCUAGGGGCUUUAGGUCCUCACAUAGACAUCCUUACAUAGACCUCCUCACAUAGACAUCAGAUUAUGAAAUAAUGAUGCACCGACCCUACGCAAUGCACACUCUCGAUAAAAACAUCGUAACCAUACUUUCUUUCAAAUUAUUUACUUAUAUAGAUGCAUUUAAUGUUCAACAGUUUUAAAUAAAUUCGUAUAAUAUGAAUACUGUUCCCAAAGUAGCGUCGAUGUAACCAAAAGUAAAGGCCAUUCUUUAUGGCUUUAUUCUUAUAUUCUAAUAUAUAAAAACUUGUUCAGUUUCAGAUUAUGUAGUUAUUAGUUUACAGCCGGCAGUUUUUGUUUGGUAACACGACAACAUUGACACUGUCUCUCAAUACCCUAACCAACAAUAUAUUGUCUUUAAAUAGGGCAGUCGACAAAACAUCGACAAACCGACAUGCAUCCCUAGACGAUCGUCAAGCAAAUGUAAGUGGAAUAAAUUAGGAGUGUAUCGAGUCCCUAGGCAGUAACAGGCUGGAACAGGUGUUACGUUUUGGUCGUAUCAUCCGGUGAGAUAGAUGCAAGCUGGCCAUGCGCAGUACGACGGUACUUCUACAUAUACGUUUGUUAAUUCAUCUCGGAUACACCAAUCAUGUAACGACCGUUAUGUCCAAAUAUUUAAAAAGCAUAAGCAUCAAUAGCGGCGCCUGUGCAUCGAUCAGAGGGAGUGACUGCAGGGCGCGGAGUGGUCGUCGCCGACAUCGCGAACUCAACCCUUUACGAAAAAUAAUUUCCCGCCAUGGACACCGAAGAUAAUAAUUUUUCUGAGAAAGCACAGGAAAACUCUACAGAAAAGUGCCGAGCAUUUCUUGCUAACCUAUUAGAUGUAUCAAAAAAUGAGCCCAAGGGGGUCAGGUCUAAAGUGAGGAAACUGACCCAGGGACUGAUAAACGCCGAGGUGGAGCCUGAGGAGUACUGCACCAAUCUUGAACGUAUGCUGAACGCGAGUCCUCAGUCCUCGCUGAUACCUUUCUUGCAGAACACCUUACCAAUGCUCAGGCAGGCCUUAGUUAGCAGAGUAUUGGUAAUAGAAGGCAUCGAAGCUCCCGCAUCUCAGGCACAUGUGUCAACUGUAGCCUGCUCAUCCGUACAAGUCGCGGACUUCACUAACAUGACCCCGAAAAAACAACAAAUUGAAUCAGAACGUCUCCAGAAAAAACCUGGACCAAUAAGAGUGUAUCCCGGUAAGGUUUUUAAAAGUAAGGGUGGGAAAAAAAUCAACAUCAAGCGAAUGGAUAUGCCGUCCUGCUCGUUCUCUGCUGAUAUCCCGCUAGAUCAAUCGCCCGACGAUAAACAGCCCUCCUCGCCCUCGGCGGCGGCGCAUGUUCUCGGUAACAUCUCUGGGGAUGAUGACGACAUCAACGAUGUUGUGACUAUGGCGGGAGUCGAUGUAGCUGAGGAAUCUCAACAAUUUACCCCAUCCACAAACCAGACAGAACGCAUUUUAAAUUCAACUGACGAUAGCGGUCUCAUAAAUUUACGAGCAGUAGAGGCUAAAUUAAAAUUGUCUUCUGAAAGGCUUGGAUUUUCACACUAUCUGCCUGAAGUGGCUCUCUAUUUGAAAUACGGCGCUGAAUCAAAAAUCAGGGAUAUCGUGGAAAAAGCUAUCGAAGUGGCAGUGAAUAGGCAUGCUCAGUCUCGCAUGAUGCGGAAUGGUUGUGUAAUAACUAGCAAUGUCAAAGUUCAAUUAAGCUUUCUGAGAGACGUAGAGGAGAUCCAGCAGAAGCGCGCUAAGGCCGAGGCCGAGGCCGAGGCCGGGACCUGCGCCGGCUCACAGGAUACAGAGGAAGAUGUUAUGUCUGAAUCCGAGUUGGAAAACCGUCAGGUUGAAAAAGAUGAAACCGCGGCGCAGGCUAUCGGAGAGCGCAACAGGCGAGAGAACAGACAGGCGCAAGCGCCAAGCGCCAGCCGCUCCGACGAGUCCGACGCUGGUGGCAGCAAUGAAGCAGGUCCGAGUACCAGUGCACAGGCUGACGGGGACUGUAACGACGGUGUAGUACGCGUCACCAUCAGGGACGUCAUAUUUGUAUUGGAGCAAGACGCCUAUUAUCGUAAUUCUCAAUUUCUGUGCGUCUUGAAAAUGUUUAAAAAUUAGGGCACUAUAUUUAUAUAUCUCACAAACACUACGAGUAAUAAAAAUACAAAUAUAUAUAUAUGUCAGUCCUACCGAUAGGCGCAGACCACGUCCUCCAGCGGCAUCUGUUAGCCUCAUAAAGUAAUAAUAAGAAGCUGCAAUUUCCUGUAGGCUUGAUUUGUUAAUUCAGAAUUCGUCCAGUAGAGGGAACGUUUAAAAUAUAGGAUUAAAGUUUGCAAAUUUACUUAAACAUGGUUUAAAUAGUUAACGCUUUUCAGUACAAAAAAUUAAAUACCUACAUAUUUCUGUAUUUUCGAAAAUCAAUCUUGGACAUAAGUACAUACUGCAAACAGUUAUGAUUAUCAUAAAAUAUAAGGUUUACUAUCUCUCUGUAGGGUUAGAUCCGUCGGCGAAUUGUAUUUAGGGGCAACUGAGGGCCCCGGCCAUGGUAACUUAAUGUAUUUAUAUACGAUACGAUUCCAUUGAUGAUGUGAUAUAUCUUCUUUUAAAAUAUAAGGCUUUUAAAUAGGCACCUCGUGCCGUAUUGUAUCUAUUAGAGCGAAAUCAUUGUAUUAACUAAACUGCUGAAUUGCUUUCUGUGUUGUAUAGCUUAGCUUGUGUUAUUUUUCUUAAUCAAGUUAUAUUA